AUGGUAUAUGGUGCGGUACCAUUUAAUCCAUAUGCUCAUUUAUCAUGUCCUUCCGGUACCACAAACACUACACCAACCUUUGGCUAUUCACCGAUACAUCCAAUGGCACCAAUGGGAAUGUUUACUAAUAGCUAUUCAAAUGGAAUGAUUCCAAGAAAAAAUCGACGAGAAAGAACAACAUUUAACAGGCAACAAUUGGAAAUUUUGGAAAAUUUGUUUGCUACAACGCAUUAUCCGGAUGUAUUUACUAGAGAAAAAAUUGCUGAGCAAAUACAAUUGCAAGAAAGUCGAAUUCAGAAUCGACGUGCUAAGCAACGACAACAGGAGAGACAGAAGCCGAAAGGACCACAGGUAGUUACGGAUGCUAGCUCAUCUUCAAGUGGUACUACAAAUGCUGCUAGCCUGAAUAAUGUUCAUGCAGAUCCCAUGGAUAGUCCAAUGAAGGAAGUUUCAGAUGGAACAAAAGAAUACACAGUGUCACCAAAAUCCACAGGACAAUUUGCUAGUGAACCUGAAACUAACUCAAAAAAUUCAAAAAGUUUACCUGUCAAUUUAAGAAAUUCAAUAAAGACGGAAAAAGUGGACGAUAGAGAACAAGCUUCAUCUUCCACUAAUCGUUCAUUAUCAAGGAGUUCUGAGGUGACCGAAAACUUAUGGUCAGGUUGCAUAGAAAAUCCGACAUUCCCGACUGCAUCAGUGACAGCUUCAUCAUUGUCAACCACCUCAACCACAUCACUGUCAUUACAUCAAAUGACACUUCCACCACCGCCUUAUCCACAUCCUCAGGAUUUAAAUUCAUAUUUCUACAGCAGUCAUCAAUAUUACCAACAGAUGUUGGAUAGCAGUGCUGCAGUAGCAUAUAACAAUACCUAUAAUAGCUAUCAGGCUGCUGCUGCAGCAACUGCUUACAAUCAAAAUUGUCCAGUUCCCGCUUACUCUGCACAUCAGUACUUUUUUGGACCAAGAUAG